AAAUCAUUGUAUUAUUGGCACGUGCCUUUUUAAGAGACUCUUGUAAAAGCGUGUAGUCGAGAAACGUGACGUUUGACGGGUGAAAGUUGAACAGAUGAGAAAAACAGGAGGUGUGUAACUCUCAUCUUUUCUGUUGUUGUGAGAAGAAGGUGAACGGCCAGUGUUUCUAAGUGAACGGCAAAAGCAACAUUCAGAGAUGAGUUUAAGUGCUAUUCUAUCAGAGAUCGACGGUGGAAAUGACAAGGGGGUUGAAAAGCUUUUGCAGAAAUAUAACACAGAGAACAGCCACACGUUCGCCUUUGACCACAAAGAGGAGGAUGCACGCAUUAAGUUGUGUCAGGGUCUUCUUACAGUCCUCCGUCGGUCAAAUCUUCCACUUUGCCAAAGCACCUGCCUGGAGACCCUGCGCAUCCUGUCCAGAGACAAGCGUGUACUUGGACCCGUAGCCACCAGAGAGGGCAUCCUCACUCUAGCAGGGCUGGCCCGGAUCCGUGUGGCGGGACACGACGGAGAGCCGUUAGAAGAGGCGCAGUCAGCAGAGGAGGAGAGGGUAGUGGUGGAGGCCCUUAAGUGCCUGUGCAACGUGGUGUUCAACAGCGUGUCGGCACAGCAGGUGGGAGCUGACUUGCAGUUGGCGGAGGGCCUGUGUGCCUGCUUGCAUUCGGUCAGCUCGUCCCAUCAUGAGGUGGGCCUGUUCUCACUUCGCCUGCUGUUUCUGCUUUCCGCCCUGCGAACGGAUGUGCGUAGCACGCUUCGGAAGGAGGUGGGUGCAGUGAGGCUGCUCACUAACGUGCUGGAACGCACCCUCGACGUGCGUUGGGUGGGGCCAUAUGAGGCUGCGCCCCCUGAUCCAGAAGCCCCGCCCAUUUCACUAGAGAACAAUGAGCGUGCCAUGGAAGCCCUUAAAGCUCUGUUCAACAUCACUAUGUCUGAUUCGAGUGAUGAGGACAGUGACCACCAGCUUCGGCUCAUUGCAGGCAUCAUGAGACAUCUCCUAAUGCUGAAGACACACUCUGAAGAUAAAACAGAGGAGGCUCACAGUCAUGCCAUAAAUCUCCUGAGUAACCUUCCCGUGCAGUGCCUGGAUGUUCUGAUAGAUGUCCCUGUCCAAGGUGGGAUGGAAAAAUAUGGUGGGAAGAACAUGGACACAGUGCAGAUGCUGCUAGAUUUUAUGGAAAAGAGGAUAGACAAGGGUUCCAACUAUAAAGAAGGCUUGACACCUGUGCUGAGUCUGAUGACCGAGAGCUCUAGAUACCACAGGGACAUCCGCAGAUACCUCAAGACCCAGGUGUUGCCUCCCUUGAAGGACGUGAAGGAAAGGCCGGAAAUCGGCUGCACCGUUCGCAACAAACUGGUGCGUCUCAUGACUCAUAUAGACAUGGCAGUGAAACAGGGGGCUGCUGAGUUCCUUUUUGUCCUCUGCAAGGAGAGCGUGGAUAAUCUGUUGAAGUACACUGGUUACGGCAAUGCUGCGGGGCUGUUAAUGGCACGAGGGUUGCUGGCCGGAGGCAGAGGAGAGACACAGUAUUCAUCUGAUGAAGACUCGGACACUGACGAAUACAAGUCAGCCAAACCUUUCAUUAACCCCAUUACAGGUCACAUAGAGCACCCAAUGCCAAACCCCUUUGACGAGAUGACAGAGGAGCAGAAGGAAUAUGAAGCUCAGAAGCUUGUCAGUAUGAUUGAUGAAUUAUCAAGAAAAGAACUGAUCAGACCAAUGGGAGUGAGGAAGGAUGGCACACUAGCGCCCCUAGGACAAGCUAUCCAUGAGUGCAGCCCACCACCCAGCAGCGACUCGGACUCAGACUAGCAGGAGAAACUGGAGUUCACUGAAACCCUUCAGGCACCACUGCUGAUGGCUAACCGUCACAGUCUUACAAACUGUCCCCUGCACAAGGGGAUGCUUCAGUUACUUUUGUUGCAUGAGGGGCAUGUCUUUCUAAUUGGGGCAUAUAUGGUGAAGUACAUAUUGAGCAGAGAGAAGAAACAGAAAUGUUUAAAUAGAUAUCUGGUUUUGAUCAGACAACAAAUGUGAUCACAGUGACUGUAUCAGAUGGAGCUGUUAAGUAGGAAGUUACAUGACUUAUUCACGUGUCUUUGACACCCUUUGUGAAAAAGUAAAUGCACUUCAAUAACGACAUAUAAACACUUCGUCACUUACUCUUACAAAUCAAUGUUUAAAAGCUGUAUUUAUUACUACAAAGUCUGUGGCUGUUGCUGGUUCACAGAUUGGAGAAACCUGUCUUCUGAUGUUUCAAAAUACUCAAAUGGUUUUUGAAAUGUUAUAUGACAAGACAAGCCAUGAGAUCAUUUAAAUUAAGAAAUUAUUUGUCUUGCACUCGAUUGUUUUUAAAAAUGUGCAUUUUUUUUUUGGUAUCUGCCACUUAAGCCUUGAGUUUCAAACAGUUGUGUCUUUUCUAAUGUUAAAAUAUAACUACACAAUUUUCUAUAUACUAUGUAUUUUUUUCUUGUUUUUCUUUCAAUGUUUUUUUUUUUGUUUUGUUUUACUUUUCCUUUUUCUAAUGUUGCGUAGAAAACCUAAGACAAAGCAUGUAAUUAAAUUCAGACUUUCUAAAUACUCAUCUUCUAUAACCACUAUAAUAAAAGUCAGCAGAGUAAAGGGGCUUUGUAAAACUUUUAUAAAACAUUAAUUUUCCCUCAACUUUUGAAUUUAGCUUGUUUUUUAUUUCAGACAAUCAUUUGCAAUAAAACAAAAAGCUACAAGUCUCAUUCACUCAUUGCAUGCAGAAACUUUUCUAAUGGUCCUUGAAAUGUAAAAAUCCAGACAAAGAAUGCUAAUUUAAAACACUAAUCCUAAAUCUAAAGCUGCAAGAUAUAUAUAUAUACACACACACACACACACACACACAAAGAAAAGUUUAUUAAACUACAUGAUCAAAUGAUUGCUUAAAGAUAUUGAAUGCAACCGUUGCGUCGCUAGGUAAGAUCCUUUGUAUCCAAAGUGUUGGGAUUCUUUAUAUUAUACUCAGAUCUGUGGUACAUUUAAAAAAAAUUUUUUGCUGGUGGAAUGUACAAAAAGCUCAGAAGGUGAAGAGACAAAGAUUAAUAUUUAUUAAAUACUAUAAGAUGCGAUUUCUAUUAACAGGGUAAUAAAAGUACAAAUGUACAGAACAGAAAACAAGCACUUUAAUAUUCGAAGUACAAAUGGCAAGAAUGUUUAACAAAUGCAAGAUGAAACUACUGACAAUCAUAUAUUCAACUGGAGAGGCACAUGGUUCCAUUUCCAACAAAAUGCAACCGUUGCAUGAAUCAGAAACACUGACAAAGACAGCUGAUUAACAGGCUUUAACCAAACAUGAUAAACUGGACAUAUGAAUGAAAAAAAAAUUAAGAUGGAUUGAAACAUUUAAAUAGGCAUUCUGGCUUUUUAUCCAUAUUUCCCAAAACAUGCCAAACUCCUAUCAAAAUCCCUGAGGGACAUGAACAGAUACGAUCACAACAGUGUGGUAAUUACCAGCGACUUCACUGAUCCUGUGCAAAAUGAAAUUGCGCUCAUAGCCGUUCUCAUACAAGAACCUCACACAUACAUUCACAAACACAGCAGCAGGAUAUUGGGGUUCUUUGUUGCCGACCAAAGACAUUUAUUAGAGUUUUGGGGGGGGUUGGAGCUCCCGCUUGGAGGCUGCAGUGCCUGUGAAAACACACAGUGGGGGCACUGCACACUUGGGAGGUCACGCCUCCCAUGCUAAUUUAGCACAGUUCACUCACUGGGGCCAAACCAGGACUCGCUGACUUCAAAAUAACGAACAUAUAGACAUUUUAUUUAUAUAUAAUAUUAAUAUAUAA